AUGGUUGCUAAAUUACCCAACUUGAUUCCACCUUUUAGGUUUAGUAUAGUAGAAGAAAACUUGUUUCGAGGUGGCUAUCCAAAGCCUCGUAAUAAACGCUUUUUAAAGAGAUUACGUCUCAAGACAAUCCUGUCUCUUAUACCAGACAAACUGAUGCCAGAAAUGCAAGCGUUUUGUGACCAAAAUAAUAUCCAAGUAUUGCACUUGACUGUAGAUAGAAUGAAAGAAGAUAAUAUACCCUUGACAUACAAUAAGACAUUGAUGGCUCUACAACUCAUUAUAGAUCCUGUCAAUCAUCCACUAUAUGUUCACUGCCUUGAUGGUGCAGAUGUGACAGGACUUGUUAUUGCCUGUUUACGCAAACUACAAAUGUGGAGUAAUUCAAGUGCCAUGGGUGAAUUUGCUAGAAACUUGCAUACAAGUGUCGUUUCUAGUGAAGAAUUCGAGUUUAUUGAAAACUUCAAGAAUUUUGAAGUCACUAUUCCUAUGACACUUCCACUCUGGUUAUGGGGGGGACAAGUGAAUUUUAGAAAGCAUGCUAGUUUGCGCCUUAAAUUCUUGAAUUCAGAAAUGAUGACUGAAGAAGAAAGAGAACUGAAAGACUUGAAAGAAAAGAAAGAGAGAGAAAAAGAAGAUUAUUACAAGAAACGAAAGAAUGGCAAGUAA